CCAGUGCUGUGAGCCUGAAGCAAGCACAAAAGUGAAGUAAUAUAUCUUGCACCAACCAAAGAACCGGCAGCGAUUUUGUUUCAUAUUUCAGAGACAGAGAAACUGCACAAAGAUGGCUAAAAAGGACGAUGACUUAGAUGUGCUGCUCCCAAAUUGGUCAGGAGCAGCUGCGCAUGGGUUCAGUAUAAGUGGUGGUGACGAAGGGAUCUUCAUUAAGGAUGUGGUGCAGAAUUCUCCAGCGGGAAAGAGUGGAGUGAUGAAGGAAGGUGACCAGAUUGUGAGUGCAACUAUCUACUUUGAUGACAUGGGAUACGAAGAAGCACAGAAAAUAUUAGAAACUGUAGAUCGACACACAGUGGGAUUGAAGCUACAUCGAAAAGGAGAAAAGCUUUCUCCUGGGGGAAGUUAUUCGUGGAACCCAGAACGACUUGAAGCUACAAGUCCAGAUGCUGUACUGAGUGGAGAUGAUGAAGACUAUCAAAGGAUUUUCAGAACAAAAAUCAAGCCUCAUCUGAAGUCAGAAGAUGGCUCAGAGGCAUCAGAUCAAGGCGACAGAACUUCCAAUGUACAUAUCACCAGAAAGGUUAUUACACGUACUAUUCAUACUUCUGGCCCUACAGUCGUAAUGGACACAGACAUCCAGAAUCCAGAAUUUAAAAUAAAAGUUCCAAGAUAUGAGCAAGUCACCAAUGAGAGAUCAGGACCAAAACUGGAAACAUCAGAGAUGGAUGUAGAUGUUAAUCUCCCAGGCACUGAAGUUCUGAAACUUCAAACGGGAGAUGGCCAACGGACCACUCGUACAAUGCACAUUGUGAAAACAAAAGUUGUAGAGGUAACUGGACCAGAUAUGGAACAUGGCCAGGCUACUUUCCAUAUGCCACAGCUCAAUAUAGCAGGAGGAGGAAGAACAAUGCAAACAACAGAUCUUGACUGCAAAGCUGGAAUGACAAAUGUGAAAGAUCCUGUUAUUGAUAUUAAUACAAGUGGAGCAAAAACAGUCAUUGCUUCUCCAAACACUGAUGCUGAUCUUAAUGUAUCUGGAACAUAUGACAAUUUAAAAGGUCCAACAAUUGAUGGUCAAAAGUUAAAAAUGCAGCUUGAUGGCUCAGGUUUCAACACACAAGAUGGGAAACUAAAUAUCAAAAUGAAGACACCAAACAUCAGUGUUUCGGGCUCAGAUGUAAACACAAAUACGUGGACAAAAACAGAAGCACCAGAUCUGAAUAUCGGUAUGAAUGUUCCUGAGACAGACAUUAAAAUAUCUGGACCAAGGAUAGAAGGCAAUGUUGAAAUACCUGCAGUCGAUCGGAAUGUUGGAGGGGGUGCUAGUGAAAUCAAAAGCCCAAAUUUUAACUUUCCAGGAAUCAGGUACAAAACUCGUGAACCUGAUUUUAAUCUGGAAGGCAAAGGCGCAAAAGCAACAGUAAAUGUUGAUGUGCCUGACAUUGAAGUGGAGAGUGGCAUCAAAAGCCCUACAUUUAACAAGACAGGAUUCACUAUCUCUGGGCCCAAGGUGACAAUGCCUGAUAUUUAUUUGGAGCAGAAAGGUCCAAAAGUUGCAUUACCUGACAUCAAUCUACAGGAUGACAGCAAGGGUCUAAAUCUGAAUACUAACGAUUCAAAAGUUGGUAUCAAGCAACCUGACAUCAGAGAAAAGGAGCUUAAGUUUUCAGUGCCUUCUAUGAAUAUGCCCACUGUAAAAACUGCAGACAUUGACUUAAAUCUUAAAGGCUCAAUAGGAAAAGGUGACCAUAGUACUGACCUUCCCUUAGCAAAUAUUAAGGGAGACAUCAAAGAACCCAAAGUAGAUAUAGAAACAGAUAUACUAGACACUGAUAUUAGAUGGCAGAGUACAAAUUCUGAUUUAAAGGGACCAAAGAUAAAAGGUGAUGUUCAUAUACCUGAUGUAGAUUUAAAUGUCAGAGGAGGGUCUAGUAAAAUCAAAGGCCCUAAUUUAAAGAUGCCAGACUUAAGCAUCUCAGGACCAAAGAUCAAAAAGCCAGAUAUCAAUCUGAAACUCAAAGGCCCAAAAAGCACAGCAGAUGUUAAUGCCCCUAAUAUAAAUCUAGAGAGUGUUUUCAAAGGCCCAGAUGUGAAUAUUAAAGGGCCUAAGAUUGAUAUUGAGGAACCUGAUGCCAAAGGUAGUGACCUCACGUUUUCGAUGCCUUCAGUAGGUUCACCCACGGUAAGGGCUCCUGGCAUUGAUUUGAGUCUUAAAGGACCACAGGUGAAAACUGACCAUGAUGCUAACCUCCCUUCUGCUAGUAUUGUGAGUGAGAUCAAAGGACCCAGUGUGGAUGUGGAUGUUCCUGAGGCUGAUAUUAAGGGCCUUAGUGGAACGUUCCAUCUGCCCAAAGUCAAAAUGCCGAUGUUUGGAAUGGGUGGAGGGAAAGUAACAAGUCCGGAUGUCAAUAUUGAUGCGAAUCUUCCCACUGCAGAUGUCAUUCCACCUGGUCCAAAGAUAGAAGGUGCUGUUGAUGUACCUGUUGUAGAUGUAGGCAUUGAUGCAGGUUCCGAUAAAAUCAAAGACCCGAAAUUUAAAAUGACAGACUUAAGUAUUUCAGGACCCAAGACUGAACGACCAGAAUUCAAUCUCAAAUUCAAAGGCCCGAAUGCCACAGAACAUAUGGAUGUCCCUGAUGUUAAUCUGGAAGGUGAUCUCAAAGGCCCAGAUGUGAACAUUAAAGGUCCCAAAGUUAAUAUUGAGGGACCUAAUGCCAAAGGAAAUGGCCUAAAUAUUUCAAUGCCUUCCAUAGGAUUGCCCAAUAUCAAGACACCUGAGUUUGAUUUGAAUCUCAAAGGCCCAAAGGUGAAAGCUGCGCAUGAGGAUGCCCUUCCUUCUGCAAGCAUUGAAGGUGAGAUCAAGGGACCCAAGGUGGACGUAGAUCUUCCUGGGGCUGACAUGAAGGGUCCGAGUGGAUCAAUCCACAUGCCAAAAUUUAAAAUGCCCAAGUUCGGAUUUGGUGGAGGUAAAGUAGAAGGACCCGACGUCAAUGUUGGUGCAAAUCUUCCAGCUGCAGAUAUCAGUCUAACUGGUCCAAAAAUAGAAGGUAGUAUUGAUACACCAGACGUAGAUUUAGAUAUUGGUGGAGGCUCAGCUAAAAUCGAAGGCCUUAAAUACAAAAAGCCAGAUUUCAAUAUAUCAGGACCCAAGUUUGAAAAGCCAGAUUUCAACUUGAAAUUGAAGGGCCCAAAGGCAACAGCAGAUGUGGAUGUCCCGGAUGUUAAUCUAGAGGGUGGUCUCAAAGGUCCAGAAGUGAAAGCUGACCACGAUAUUGAUCGCCCCUCUGCCAAAAUAGAGGGUGAGAUCAAAGGACCCAAGGUGGACCUAGAUCUGCCAGAGGCUCAUAUGAAGGGUCGCAGUGGAAAGUUCCACAUUCCUAAAUUUAAAAAGACAAAUUUCGGAUUUGGUGCAGGGAAACUAGAAGGUCCUGAUGUCAAUAUUGAUGCAAAUCUUCCAGAUGCAGAUGUUAGUCGAACUGGUCCAAAGAUAGAAGGUGAUAUUGAUGUACCUGACGUAGAU